AUGCUCGUCAACCCGCUGUCCUGGGCCGUGCUUGCCCUGUGUCUGGUGGGCCCGCUGGCUCGCCUGGCUGCAGCCGCCCAGCCACAUACCCACACCUUCCGCUACAUGCUCACGAAUACCACUGUCCUGGAAUAUCACUGCAAGUCCAUCGGGCCCUGUGUGUCCUGCACUAUCCUGGAGAAGAAAGCGGAUCAAUGCCAACCAUUCGGAAACAAAGAGCCCCUGUCCUGUCGUGAAGAAGUCGUCGACUUUGACCAGGGCAAUCCACAUCACGUCGAGGCAGCCCGAAAGCACUCGCUGUCGCUGCCGGCCAACGACUCGGAGCACCAGACUCAACGACCCGAGCCUCCCGCCUGGGGAAGCUGCUUGAUCGUCACGACGACCGAGAACCUGCGGUUCAUGAUCUUUGUGCUCCUGAACCUGUCGCUGCUGAUCGUCGCUGGCAGCAUCGUCUUCUGGCGGAACCGGCUCAUCAAGCAGGAGCAGCAUCGCCGCAUCCGGAUGCGCAUUCAGUCAUGA